GCAUACUGUGUUGCUCGUCCAGUCCCGCUGCCGCGUGGUUUCUGCCACGGGCGCUGCAAGAGCUGGAAAGUUGCAGCGCAGAGUGGUAAAGCCGGCGACCGUUGCAAGGACGAGUCUGGCCCUGCAGGCUUCCCCGGGGAUAUAAACUGCGUCCUGCACUUCAGCGGCGCCUAUGGUUGCUUUUCUUCUCAAGGAGCUGCUCCGUAUGAAACUUGACUCGGCUGCGCUUCCAGUUCAGCGAGAUUUGAAAGAGAAGCUUCAUCUGUGAGUCUCAAAAUGGAUGGGCUUCUCAGAAGAGGGAAAACGAUUCUUCCUGCUUUGAAAAAUUGGAUUGGUUGGUGCCAAAAGCAGCAACAGUGUUGCAGGUUUUAUUCUGAUCUUCAUGCAAGACAAAAGUGUGUAUCCCAGCACUUCCAGUCAAUGAAUCUGCGGGAGGAUAGCAUAGCAUCGCAGCAAACCAGCAAACCGGGUGAACUGACAUGUAAAAGUCAGAGACUGAUGUUACUAGCAGGACUUAUCUACCCGGCCAGUCCUGGCUGCUUCCACUAUAUGCCCUACACUGUCCGAGCACUGGAGAAGCUCAUCAGAGUGAUAGACCUAGAAAUGCAGGGUAUAGGGGGUCAGAAAGUGAACAUGCCCGCAUUGAGCUCAGCAGAGCUCUGGAGAGCCAGUGGAAGGUGGGAACUCAUGGGCAGUGAACUAUUACGACUGGCAGACAGGCACAAUCAAGAAUACUGCCUAGGACCUACUCAUGAAGAGGCCAUCACAGACCUAAUUGCUUCCCAAGGCCAUUUGUCUUACAAGCAGCUUCCCCUCUUGCUGUACCAGGUAACAAGAAAGUUUCGAGAUGAGCCAAAACCACGCUUUGGGUUGCUUCGUGGCAGAGAAUUUUAUAUGAAGGAUAUGUACACCUUUGAUACCUCCAAGGAAGCUGCCCUCCAGACCUAUGCCCUUGUGUGCAACGCUUACGGCAACAUAUUCAACAACUUAGGCCUUCGGUUUGUGAAAGUCCAAGCAGCUACUGGAAGCAUUGGGGGGACGAUGUCUCAUGAAUUCCAGCUGCCCGCUGACAUUGGUGAGGACCGAUUGAUGAUGUGCACAGGCUGUGACUUUGCAGCCAAUGAGGAAACAAUAAACCCAGAUGAGAAGCAUUGCCCAGUUUGCAAAGGAAAACUAGCUGAGUACAAAGGGAUUGAAGUUGGCCAUACCUUCUUCUUGGGCACAAAAUACUCCUCUGUUUUUAAUGCUACCGUCCGCACUGCAGAAAAUAAGCAUAUUCCGGCUGAAAUGGGCUGCUAUGGGCUGGGUGUGACUCGGAUUCUUGCAGCCUCUAUUGAGGUGCUUUCUACUGAGGACGCCAUUCGGUGGCCAAGCCUCAUUGCACCGUAUCAAGUCUGCCUUAUUCCCCCAAAGAGAGGGAGCAAGGAGGAGAAAGGGGCAAUGCUCCUGGAGGAUUUAUAUGACUGUAUUGUUGAAGCAGUCCCUCGGCUUAAGGAGGAGAUAGUACUGGAUGACCGGACACAAUUCACCAUUGGUAAAAGAUUAAAAGAUGCAAGUAAACUUGGGUACCCCUAUGUUAUAAUAGGUGGCAAGAAGGUUUUGGAUGAGCCUUCUCUAUUUGAAGUAUGCAAUCAAAAUACUAAUGAGACUUUGUUCCUUACCAAAGAAGCCAUUGUUAACUUGCUGAGUAAAGUGCAGACUCGCUGAAUACUGGAUGUGUAGCUUUUGAAUACCGAAAUGUCAGUGUUUCCCCUCUGCCAUCUUAAGCAUAUGGCUAUGGGAGUCUAUGGGAAUUAUUUUUAUUUGUAUCUUCCAGCCCAAGGAUUACUGCGAAGGCAGAUAGGGUGCUGCCUAUAUGCCAAAGCCUCAUGUGCAAACUUGGUUGUCCUUCGAUUUCAACAGCAGACAGUUCCAUCUGUACAUUUGGGGUCUUCUGCAAAGGUGAGGAUCCUGUAGCCCUCCAGAUGAUGUUGUCUGCACCUUCCAUAAUCUCCAGCCAGCAUGACCAAUGGCCAGGAGUGAUGGGAAUUGUAGGCUGACAAUAUCUGGAGGGCCACAGUUUUCCCACUGCUUAUUUUGCAUAACCAAAGGCCGGCCUUUCGUUAUGCAAAAUAAUAAUAGUGUCCUGCUUGACAAUUAUUUGGGGGACAGCAGCCUGGAGCUAGAUGUGAUUAAGCCUUAAGGUAAAAAGAAAGUUUGCAAUAAUGUGUUUGCCAGUGCAGCUGUGGUCAUGGAAGCAAAAGGGGAAUCCCCACCUCUAGUUUUUCUUAGGUGCGCUGUGCCUCUGUGUGAGGGACUCUCAUGGUCUGAGUACUUAACUGGAUUUGUCCCAUCUGGUCAUCAGCUACAUGAAUUCAAAGACUGAGUUGCUGCUUACGUACUAGUGGGUCUUGAUUAUACUAGCCAAAUACUUCCUGGAAGGAUUCAAGAUGGACUUUGCUAAAAAAAUAUAUAUACCAAGUUGAUCUUUGUAAACUUUUUUUUUUAAAAAAAGAAAAGAAAAAUCAUGCCUUCUUGAGUAGAGUAUUACCUCUCCCCCACCUGCAUGUUGAUUAAAAGUAAAUUUUCCUCUUCUGACUGUAGGGUUCGAUUUCUAAGUAUGGAACCAAAUUCCAAACAACAAAAUUAAUGGAACCUGGUUAAUGUUGAGCUUCUGAGUAAGCCAAUUAAAUUGGCUAUUAUUCUGAAAUCCUGACAGCUGAUUGCCAAAUAGGCUGCUGCUGUUCUUCCCCUCUUUAAGAUCAUGUACUGUAAUCUGAAUUUUCAGUAUUCAUAAGCAUUUCACUUAAUUAAAAGAUAUACAGCUAA